AUGAACUAUUCUCAAUUAAGGGUGUUAAACUUGGGCAGCAAUCACCUAACAGGAAAUAUACCAAGUUCCAUAGGUUCUCUAACUGCACUUCUGGUGUUGUCAUUGGACAAAAACAAUCUGUCUGGAGAUUUACCAGUGUCCUUGCAAAAUUGCAAAUAUCUAAUGAUUGUAGAUUUCAGUGAGAAUCAUUUGUCUGGCAGCUUAUCCAAUUGGUUGGGAAAUAGUUCAGUUGAUCUUAGUGCUCUCGUGCUUCGUUCAAACAAGUUUCAUGGCAGUAUUCCUCAGGAGAUUUGUCACUUCAAUUUUCUUCAAAUCGUGGACCUUGCAAGUAACAAAUUAUCAGGACCCAUUCCGCGGUGUUUUGGUAAUUUGAGUGCCAUGGCAGAACAAUCCCCUACUAGAACUAUAAUUGCAAGUGGUUGGGAAGAAACAGUGUUCUUGGUAACAAAGGGAAAAGAGUAUGAAUAUGGAGAGAUGCUUUCUCUCGUCAUAAGCAUGGACCUCUCGAGCAACAAUUUAAUUGGAGAAAUCCCUAAGGAACUUACCGGGCUUUACGGCGUAAGAUUUUUGAAUUUGUCCAAUAAUCAACUUCAUGGAAAGAUUCCUGAGAAUAUCAGUGCCAUGAAAUUUUUGGAAUCCCUCGAUAUCUCAAUGAAUCAACUCAAAGGUGUGAUACCUCAAAGUAUGGGAACUUUAACAUUCUUGAGUUAUUUGAACUUAUCCCACAAUAACUUCUCGGGCAGAAUUCCAUCGGGCACUCAACUUCAAAGCUUUGGCGCACUGAGUUUCAUUGGGAAUCGUGAUCUUUGUGGACCUCCACUUACACCUAGCUGCUCUGGAGAUGACACGCCCCUUAAGCCAAUACCAAAUGUUGACGAUGAAGGUGGCGGGGAUGGAGAUUGGAUUGACAUGAAGUGGUUUUGUAUAAGCGUGCCAUUGGGAUUCGUAGUGGGGUUCUGGGGUGUAGUCGGUCCAUUGGCAUUCAACAGGGCUUGGAGAUAUGCUUUCUUCAAGUAUUUGGAUGACAUCAAGUAUAAACUCUUCGGUGGUGGGUCCGAGAAAAGAGACUCCUCUACCCGAGCAGGAGCACACUCAAGCAAGGAGCUUCCUCUCACAACUCCCAUACAAUUUUCCAUGCCCCUUCUUUGGGCAGGAAAGGUAGGGGAUCCAAAUCCAAGCCAGGCCGGAGCACAUAGGAUAUCACUUCCAGUAAAACCACAGGCACUUGUGGGCAUUGAUGGACAGAAUUGCCACUACAUGUUCACUACCAAAGUAAUCACACAAUCUGGAUUCGGGAGCUCCUUGCUCCCCAGGACAUGCGUAAUCUUGAAAGCAGGGGUAGAAAGAUUUAAGCAAACCUAG